GGUCACUCCAAGUUCCUCUGGGUGUCUGAGAUAGGUUUUCUCGCCUGUCGGCAUCAGGGCUGGUGCUUAGGCCAGCCACUCCCGCUGCCCAGGAGUCACCGAGCCUACUCCUCGCCAGUACCCCUUGCCUGAGGAUUCCCGUGGCCGCCACUAUUCUUCUGAGAGCGGUGCCCGCUCUGCCCGCGGGGUCCGGGCCGUGGCACUGAGUCUUGGGUGGAGGUAGGGCUUUUCUCCACCCGCCAUGCGCCUCUCUUCAAAAGCUGGCAAAUCAACCUUUCUGCCUUUUUUCCAGAGGGGAAAGCAUUUCCUUUUUUUUGGGAAAUGGCCCCAAGGUCGUCUUCUCCUGACCGACCGGCGAUGCAGUGCGUCCCGAGAGAUGGCUAAAAAGUGGUGUUUGGCAAUUGAAAAAACCUCUGUUGCUUGAUGAUUGACAUUGCAAACCAGUUACCUAGACACUCUAGUAUAUGAAGAGAAAAUGAGAUCAACCCUUAAUUUAAAUUCAAAAGCUUCUGCUGAUGAAGAAAUGGAAUGUUCUGGGAAACCUCACUGUCGGAUUCCCAGUGUGCCAGCCAUUGAUUUGACCUGUGAGUGGUAGCUCAAAGGUGCUUUGUCAUAUUAUGGAAGUAGUGUUCAUGGUGUGUUAUAUGCAUGGCCUGGGACAGCUUAGGGGCAUGUGAUUGUUGGAACUGGACUGGCCUGGAAGUCUGUGCCAUUCUUCUCUCUGAGGUCAUCUUCCCUGGGGUCCUUUCUGUCCCCGUGAGAGGAAAAUUGAGGCAAGGAUGGUAACUGCGUUACCGAUGGAUUUUUCUCAGCACUUAGUGACCUUUGAGGAUGUGGCUGUGGACUAUGAGGAGUGGAUGUUAUUGGAUCAAAUGCAGAGAGAUCUCUAUAGAGAUGUGAUGUUGGAGAACUAUAAGAAUCUCAUUACUUUAACAGGGUAUGAGCCAUGCAAACCUGGUGUCAACUCUGGAUUGGAAGGAGCAGAAGAACUGAGGACAGGAACUGGAGUUCUGCAGGCCUUGGAUUUACAACUCAAAACCAAAGCUUCCACACAUCUUCAAGAUAUUUCUGUGGACAAAACAUCAAAUAGAAUACAAUUGGAGAGAAACAGGGCUGCAGUGAACCAGUGUGGGUCCAACUUUUGUGGAAAAGUAUUCAGUGAACACCCAUUUCCUGUGACUCACCUUAGACACAAAACUUGUAAGGGUAAGCAGAGUAGAAAAGCCUUCAAAAAUAACUUUAUUCAGACCUUCAAGGCAAUCCACACUGGGGAGAAAACUUCUGAGUGUGUUCAACCUGAAAAAGCCUCCAGUCAGCUUUCACAUCUUACUGGGCACCAAACAACUCAGACACGAGGGAUAUUGUGUGAAUGCAAAGAUUGUCAGAGAACAUUUGAUAGUCAGUCAUUGUUUAUGUCACAGAUGAGACACCACCCUGGAGAAAAACCAUAUGAAUGUAAAGAAUGUGGGGAAACCUUCACCCAUUCCUCAGGCCUUACAGAUUAUAUAAAAAUUCACAGUGGAAAAAGGCCCUAUAGGUGCAUGGAAUGUGGAAAAGCCUUUACUCGAUCCAUAGGACUUAUUUUACACGUAUGGAUUCACAGCGGGGAAAAGCUGUGUGAAUGUGAGGAAUGUGGAAAAGCCUUUAUUCAUUCUUCAUACCUUACAAAGCAUGGAAGAACUCACAGUGGGGAGAUGCCAUAUCUAUGUAAGGACUGUGGGAAAGCUUUCAUCCAUUCCUCAGGACUUGUCUUACACAUGCAGACACACACUGGAGAAAAACCCUACGUGUGUAAGCAGUGUGGGAAAGCCUUUAAUAAUUCUUCAAUGCUUAACCAACAUGUAAGAACACACACGAAGCCAUAUGAGUGCAAGCAGUGCGGGAAAGACUUCACUCAGUCAUCAGGCCUUACUAUCCAUGUGAGAACUCACACUGGAGAGAAGGCCUACAGAUAUAAAGAAUGUGGGAAAGCCUUUAGAUAUGCCACAUGCCUUAAUAUUCACAUCUGAACUCACACUGGAGAGAAACCAUAUGCAUGUAAGGAAUGUGGGAAGGCCUUCACUCAACUGUCAGCACUCACUAAACACCGAAGAACUAGGGCAUGCGAAAAAAACCUGAAAUAUUCCUCAGACCUUAGAAUUUAUUCACAUCUAAAUUCAUCUGGAUAAAGACCUUAUGAAAGUAGCUCUUUCUCUUCAGUGAGGUGGCUGAGGUGGGGAGCAGCCUCCCCAGCAGGUGCAGAGAUGCAGAUCUUUUCGAAGACUCUGGCAAGACCAUCCCCCUGGAGGUAAGCCCAGUGACACCACUGAGAAUGUCAAAGUUAAAAUCCAAGACAGGGAGAGCACCCUACCCAACCAGCUGCAUCUGUGAUUUUUCUGGGCAAACAGCUGGAGGAUGGCUGCACUCUCUCAGAAUAUAGUAUCAAGGAAGAGUUCACCCUGCACUUGGUGCUUCCUCUGUGGGAGGCAUCAUGGAGCCCUCCCUCUGCCAGCUCACCCAGAAGUACAAUCGCAACCAGAUAAUCUGCCACAAAUGUCACAUCCAUCUGUACCCUUGUGCUGUCUAGUACUCCACAAGAAAUGUGGCCACACCAACAACCUGUGCCCCAAGAAGGUCAAAUAAGGCCCCUCCAUCACCUUUUCAGCCCACAGGGUACACCUGCCUGAACCUUGGCCCUUAGGCCUCAGUAAAGUUUCCCUUUCAUUGGGG